AUGGGAAGAAGGAACAUGGUCUUUCUUUCCCUGGCGUCUGUCUUAGUUGGAUUGGCCGACAGCCGAGUCGUAGACGGACUGCAGCGAUAUACUUCGAUUCCUACAUAUCUACCUGUCACGUACCAGGUGCUCAACAGUGAUUUAGUGUUCUUUCUAAAAGAAAGCAAUCAAGACUUCAUGAGGAACUCUAGCCUGAUGUCACGCACUGAGUCUUUCUUCAUCUACCAGGCCAGGAGUUUGCCCUCAGUGAACUCCAGCUAUGGGCCCCUGUCUGUGGAGCAACCGAUCCCCUUAGAACUCCUCCAGAGCCCAGGAUCCUUUCCUGCUUCUUCACUUUUUACAGUUAAUUGGAAGGUUCAGACUUUUAUCAUGAAUACCAAGAUUCAUCUGGCCAAGCCCAAAGUUCAGGUUCUAUUUUACAUUGCAGGCAGGGACUGGGAUGACUACAGUGCCAUCAACAAGCUUCCCUGUGUGCACAUGUUUGCAUUUCAUGAGACCCAAGAGGUGCACGGAACCUGCCAGCUGAAGGGGGAGCUGGGUCUUUGCGUGGCUGAGCUGGAGCCCUUGGCCAGCUGGUUCAGCCCCCCGAGUGUCGUACCAGGACGCCAACGGAGCCUGGAAGCAUCUGAGGGUACCCCAGUGGAACUUUACUACAUCCUGCAAUCCACAGAGGGAGGCGAAUGCCAUUCAGAUGAGGCCAAGAAGGAAAACUUCCUCCGCUCAAGCCAGGAAGGAUUGUUUGGUUCCUAUACUUCCACACCUCUAAGAAGAAUCGGCGGUGUGAGACUCUACCAAAAUCCCAUCCCCCUCCAAUUGGCUGAACACAGACUGGAUCACAACUUUAUGGUUUUGGUGCCUGCCACACCAGUGAGUCAGAGAGAAACUGUCUCAACCUAUGUCACCGUAUCAGCCUAUUCUUCUGUGGAAAUGUUCACUCUCAGAGUGAAGUUGAAAGAAGGUGUGACCUUUCUUGGAGCCCGUCCUAGCAACCCCACGCAAUGGAUGUUAAGCCAGGAUGUGAGGAGUGAAGGACAUCGUGUAGUGACCCUCCGUUGCCACAAAAAAGAAUCCAGCUUCGACCAGGAGAGGGAGGACAUGGGACCUCAGAGGGUUUUACAGGUAGAUCUGAAGAUUGAGAGUUUCCCAGAGCUGCUGGGCAGCCGCUGGAUGACGUGGCAGGUGGAAUACCCGGCCAGCCACUCUGCCACGCAGGAGGCCGACACGGAGAUCCGACUGGCGCAAGAGGAUUUAGCAGGCAUCAUGCCUUUGGCCAUGAAUACUGAGAUUUUAAACACAGCAGUCCUGACCGGGAAGACUGUAGCUGUCCCUGUGAAGGUGGUAACCAUCGGAAUAGAUGCCUCAGUUAUUGAUGUCUCUGAGGCAGUGGAGUGUCGCACCACAGAUGAAGAUGUAGUCAAGGUGUCAGAGAGGUGUGACUAUGUUUUUGUGAAUGGCAAAGAGAUGAAGGGCAAAGUGAAGAUGGCGGUGAACUUUACAUAUGCCUACCUGAGUGCUCAGCUUGAGCUCAAUGUGUGGAUACCCCGGCUUCCCCUCCAAAUCGAAGUGUCUGACACAGAGCUGAGCCAGAUUAAAGGCUGGCGUGUGCCCGUAAUGGCCAGCAAUCCCAGGGCCACCCGUGACAGUGAGGAUGAUGAAGAUGAAGACAAGCGAGGAAGAGGCUGUACACUGCAGUACCAGCAUGCAAUGGUACGAGUUCUGACUCAUUUUGUUGCAGAAUCCGCCAAUCCCAGGAGCCAGACCAGCUACAUGUUGGGCACAGAUUGGCAGGUGGACAUUACGGAAUUAGUGUGGGAAUUCCUCAAGGUUGAGAACCCUCAGAUUGCAAAACUACUGGACAGACGGAUACUUGCGGGACGUGGCGUUGGAAUGACCUCGAUUCAGGUGCUGUCUCCUCUCUCAGACUCAAUCCUAGCAGAGAGGACCAUCAUGGUGGUGGAUGACAAAGUGACCAUCGCAGAGUUGGGGGUACAGUUGGUCACAGGACUUUCCAUGAGCCUGGAGCUCAGUCCAGGAAGCAGCAGAGCAAUCCUCGCAACCACAACUGCACAAGAGGUUCUGCGGAGCCCCAAACAGGAGGCCCUGAUCAGUGCCUGGUUGCAGUUCAGCGAUGGUUCUGUGGCUCCUUUAGACCUGUACAACUCCGAUUUUUUCAUCCUGACAGCCACAUCCCUGGAUGAGAACGUGGUGACAGUGCAGCAGAACCCCUCAUGGAAAUGGCCUGUCAUCGUGACAGAGGGAGAGGGCCAAGGCCUGUUGGUCAGGGUAGAAAUGACUGUUUGUGAGAUUUGCCAGAAAUUCAAACGGCGUAGUAUCCUGGCAGCAGGCAACUGUAAUGUCAAGGUGAAGUUUGGUUAUAGUGACAGCUCUCGAGGAGAGAGCAAUGAUUAUGGCACCGAUGGUGAGGAAAUAGAGAACAGAGGAAGGCCGCCCUCGUCCGACAGGAUUGGGCUUGACACCCACUACUAUGGCAGCUCAAUAUCUGACAUGGAGCAAGGGGUUUUUAAUGUGACAACCACUACUGGAAGCGGGAUUAUGAGCAGAACUAAUGGGGACAAACUCUCUGGUGAUGGGAGUGAGACUAUGCCGAUAGAUUUUGCUGACUUUCCCGCUCAAGUGGAUCUUCCCCGUGGGCGCAACAUGGAAGAUGACCUCAUACAGACUCCUCGUGGUCUCACAGACCUAGAGAUUGGCAUGUACGCCCUCUUAGGUGUCUUCUGCCUCGCUAUCCUGGUGUUUCUUAUAAACUGCAUCUCCUACACGUUGAAGUACCGACACAAAGAGCUGUCCAUUGAGGGCCAGGAGAAUCUGAACCAUGCGCAUGACUGGGUGUGGCUGGGAAAUGAGGUGGAGCUGCUGGAGAGCGAAAUCAGCUUGUCCCCCCAGCAGGAAGAGCAGACGUCCAUGAUAGACUCAGGCAGUGGGCUGGAGGAAGGCAGCCAUCUGUUAAAUGGAGGCUCGACUCAGAAGAACGUUCAAAGCCAAGUACACCGGGCGGCCGAUGUGGGCUGCCUGACCAAGGAAGGUAAAGGAGAAUCACCGACCACCAAGAGGAAGCGAGUACAAUUCACCACAUUUACCACCAUGCCCUUGGACAGUGGCUAUCCGACUGUCAGCACGCUAACCCGAUGCCACAACCAGGACAUUAAGUGGGUGUGUCAGGACGUGGCGCUUGGAGACUCCAAGGAGUUGCACAAUUACAUGGAAAGGCUAAAUGACAGUGCUUUAAAAGAUGCGGCAUAA